GGGCCCCUCCUGCUGCGCUUGCAGAUCGCUACAGCAACGAAGGGCAACUUCCUGCGCAGCUCCGGGCCGUCUCCUGACUCCAUUGACUGGAGGAAGAAGGGAAAUUAUGUGACACCCGUGAAGAACCAGGGCCCCUGUGGGAGCUGCUGGACCUUUUCUACCACAGGCUGUUUGGAGUCUGCUAUCGCUAUUGCAACAGGAAAGCUCCUCUCUCUGGCAGAACAGCAGUUAGUUGAUUGUGCCCAGGCUUUCAACAACCACGGCUGCAGCGGGGGCCUGCCAAGCCAAGCCUUCGAGUACAUUCUGUACAACAAGGGGCUCAUGGGGGAGGACACAUACCCGUACCGGGCAGAGAAUGGCACCUGCAGGUUCCAGCCGGAGAAGGCCAUAGCGUUUGUCAAGGAUGUCAUCAAUAUCACACAGUACGACGAGGAGGGCAUGGUGGAAGCUGUGGGGAAGCACAACCCGGUGAGCUUUGCCUUUGAGGUGACGAGUAACUUCAUGCACUACAGGAAAGGAGUCUACUCCAA